AUGUGGUUCGGCCACGAUGUCGGCUGGGUAGAGCGGGGGAAGACAGACGAUGCAGGAAAAAACGUUUCCUUGCGCAUCUAUCGUUAUAGAGUGCGGGGGUGUCUGAAGAAGGCAUACUUUUUCACACUGGCCGUGUGGGAUUUAGAGUUCACGUAUCUUGACAACGGGCUGAGCACAAGGAAUAUUAUGGUAUUGGAUCCAGGGGAACUGGAAAACUUCCCCAACUUUCGCCUCUUUCAGACCAUCUUUUUAGGACACACAAAUCUUGCAUACUCUAGUUUUCCCUUUACAAUCGAAAACAUGCCUUUCAAUAGCGCUAGCCACAUGAUGACGUCCAUUGGAAAGCAACGGGGCACUCAACCUGGAUCCUCAUCGGCUUCGAGGUACAUCAGCCGCUCCUCCAGCAUAGGCCACGAGCUCAACAUUACUCUCUCUCAGUCCUACUCACCAACAAACCCCAGCAGGGCUGACUGUUCUGUGUCCUUCACCCCUAAUCAGCGAAUAUUUAUCGACGACCUUUCCUAUCAUCUUCUCAAUCAAACCAACGCGCAUUCUGUUUUAGCAAAAUUUGUCACAAAUGCCUCAUUAUCUAACCUUUAUUUUAGUAUGAAGCCUUCUGCAAAUGCACAUGCUAACAAAGAUUUCAUCAUAUAUAUGGGGAACGAUAACUAUAGGCUAGUAGAAGCAUCCUAUGUAAAGCUACUCCUUGCUCUCAACACCAAUCCUGCAAAAUACUUUCGUCGUCUCAUCAGUACUAGCUUUGAUCAGUUGCUGCUUGGCAUAGAGCAGAUGUCACGGGACUCGAACCCACAACCAGCGCAAUCAACUCAACCAGCUCAAGCACUAUGUAAGAAAGACAAGAGAGAGGACGACAGGAGAGAGAGCGUUAUCGGUAGUAUCCAGAAUGCAAGUGAGGACCAGGCGAAUGCACACUUGAGCCCGGAAAGUAAGCGCGGAAGCUCAGGACAAGCCAUAGAAACCAAUCCACUAGUUGUACCUUCGCUAGCUAUACCAUCUUCACGUUUCCACAAGAAGCAGCGGCAUCAGCGGCAGAGUUCCCACAAGGUCGCUCAGCAGGGAAUAGUAUCUCUAAAACAUAAGGGGUUAAAGCGGGGACAAGGACACCUUACUCCGGAGCUGGGAGGAGAUGCCAACGAGCCACUAUAUUCAGCGGGGGAUGUGGCCUCUCCUCAGCUAAGGGAUCAUCUUCUCGUUCAGAAUUUCGAUAUGUAUCCUGUUAGACGACUUUCUAGACACAAGCACUUGCGGAUGAGGAGCGCAGGCGCAGUAGAUGACGUCUUCAAAGAGCUCAGCGACGAUAGCUGCCUUGACGAGCUCGUCAACGUCCAACCAUAUAUGAAGAACGAAGAGGUUAUCUCUAACCAAGACGCGUUGAUUAGCCAAAACAACGAGGAAUCGGUUGAUGUCAUCGUCGACAACGUCGUUAUGUCCUCGAAGAACUACCUACCGGUGCACAAAGCGCAAGCCGAGAACGUUGUUUCCCUCUGGGGUCAAAUGACCGCCCGAGAGCUAGUCCAUGGAGGUAGUGUGUAA